AUGAAGAAGAUGAGCAACAUUUAUGAGUCAGCUGCCAAUACACUGGGAAUCUUUAACAGCCCCUGCCUGACCAAAGUUGAGCUGCGUGUGGCAUGCAAAGGCAUUUCCGACAGAGAUGCUCUUUCCAAACCAGACCCCUGUGUCAUCCUCAAGAUGCAGUCCCACGGGCAGUGGUUCGAGGUUGACAGAACAGAGGUGAUUCGCACCUGCAUCAACCCAGUGUAUUCAAAACUGUUUACCGUGGACUUUUAUUUUGAGGAGGUGCAGCGCUUGCGGUUUGAGGUCCACAACAUCAGCAGCAACCACGAUGAGCUGAAGGAGGCUGACUUCUUGGGCGGCAUGGAGUGCACACUUGGCCAGAUUGUUUCCCAGAGAAAGCUGUCCAAAUCCUUGCUGAAGCACGGGAACACGGCAGGGAAAUCCUCCAUCACGGUGAUUGCUGAGGAAUUAUCUGGCAAUGAUGACUACGUUGAACUUGCCUUCAACGCACGGAAACUGGAUGACAAGGAUUUCUUCAGUAAGUCUGACCCAUUUCUGGAAAUUUUUCGAAUGAAUGAUGAUGCAACUCAGCAGCUUGUGCACCGAACUGAGGUUGUGAUGAAUAACUUAAGCCCAGCCUGGAAAUCAUUCAAAGUAUCAGUAAAUUCUCUAUGCAGUGGAGAUCCCGACCGCCGGCUGAAGUGCAUAGUAUGGGACUGGGACUCCAAUGGCAAACAUGAUUUCAUUGGAGAAUUCACCUCAACAUUCAAGGAGAUGAGAGGAGUAAUGGAAGGAAAACAGGUGCAGUGGGAGUGCAUCAACCCCAAGUACAAAGCCAAGAAGAAGAAUUAUAAGAACUCGGGCAUUGUGAUUUUGAACCAGUGCAAGAUCCACAAGAUGCAUUCUUUCUUGGACUACAUCAUGGGUGGCUGCCAAAUCCAGUUUACAGUAGCUAUAGAUUUCACAGCCUCGAAUGGGGACCCCAGGAACAGCUGUUCCCUGCACUACAUCCACCCCUACCAGCCCAAUGAGUACCUGAAGGCCUUGGUGGCCGUGGGGGAGAUUUGCCAAGACUAUGACAGUGACAAAAUGUUCCCAGCCUUUGGGUUCGGUGCCAGGAUACCCCCAGAGUACACGGUAUCUCACGACUUCGCAAUCAACUUUAAUGAAGACAACCCAGAAUGUGCAGGGAUUCAAGGAGUUGUGGAAGCCUACCAGAGCUGCCUUCCCAAACUCCAGCUCUAUGGCCCCACCAACAUCGCUCCCAUCAUCCAGAAGGUCGCCAAGUCAGCAUCAGAGGAGACCAACACCAAGGAGGCAUCGCAAUACUUCAUCCUGCUGAUCCUGACUGACGGGGUCAUCACAGACAUGGCCGACACGAGAGAGGCCAUCGUCCAUGCCUCCCACCUCCCCAUGUCGGUCAUCAUCGUGGGAGUGGGCAACGCAGACUUCAGUGACAUGCAGAUGCUGGACGGCGACGAUGGGAUUCUGAGGUCGCCCAAGGGAGAGCCCGUCCUUCGCGACAUCGUCCAGUUCGUGCCCUUCAGGAACUUCAAACACGCAUCUCCAGCUGCCCUGGCAAAGAGCGUGUUGGCUGAAGUCCCAAACCAAGUCGUGGACUAUUACAAUGGCAAAGGGAUUAAGCCAAAAUGUUCAUCAGAAAUGUAUGACUCUUCCCGGACACUGGCUCCAUGA